AUGAGGGAUCACCUAAAAAAGUUUGCUGGACUGUUUCUUUUGGUACGGAAGUUGGAGCUCUACCACUCCCCAGGGAUCCCCGGCACGGCGGGCGCUGACCACGGUGGAUCUCCUCGGAGAGAGAGAGAGAGAGAGAGAGAGAGAGAAGAAAGGAAGGAUCCCAGGGCUGCUGCAUCCUCCAAGGGGGAGCUUAGCGAGGGGAGCUCCUUGCUGCGGCUCCUGCACUGGGGCACCAUGCAGAGCCCCCGCAAUGCCACCGAGGUCCAGAUGAGCCAGAUGGUCCAGCCCAGCCAUGCCAACCACCGUGGAGAGCUCAGCAUUGGACAGCUCCUCAAGUGGAUCGACACUGCUGCCUGCCUCUCCGCCGAGAGGCAUGCUGGCUGCCCCUGCGUCACAGCUUCAGUGGAUGAUAUCUAUUUUGAGCACACAAUUAGUGUUGGGCAGGUUGUCAACAUCAAAGCCAAAGUGAACCGGGCAUUUAACUCUAGCAUGGAGGUUGGUGUACAGGUCAGCUAUGAAGAUCUGUGUAAUGGGGAGCAAUGGAAUGUGUGCAAGGCAUACGCAACGUUUGUGGCACAAGGCAAACCAGCUGCUAAGAUAAAGUUGAAACCAUUUGUUCCUCAAACAGAAGAAGAGAAGAUGGAAUACAGCAUUGCUGCUGAACGCCGUCGUAUGCGACUGGCACAUGCAGAUACAAUCAAAGGCCUUGUCUCUAACAAUCCUGUGCAGUCAGAGCUUGAGAUCAGAGACUGCAACAUGGCCGUACCUGCAGAAAAGACACGAGUGGAGAGUGUGGAACUCAUUCUGCCCCCACAUGGCAACCAUCAAGGAAACACCUUUGGAGGGCAGAUCAUGGCUUGGAUGGAGAAUGUGGCCACAAUAGCAGCGAGCCGAUUGUGCCAUUCACAUCCUACCCUGAAGACAAUAGAAAUGUUCCAUUUUCGGGGACCAUCUCAAGUAGGGGACCGCCUUCUCUUCAAGGCUAUAGUCAACAAUACAUUCAAGUACAGCAUGGAGGUCGGAGUGUGUGUGGAGGCCUAUGGACAUGAAAUGGAAGUCAGUCGAAGACACAUAAACAGUGCUUUCAUGACCUUUGUAGUUUUGAAUGAAGAGGGCCAACCACGAACUCUCCCUUUGCUGAAACCAGAACCAGGGGAUGGAGAAAGGCGGUUUAAAGAAGCUAGCGCUAGGCAAAAAAUUAGACUUGACAGAAAAUAUGUCAUUUCCUGUAAGCACACAGAAGUACCUUUGUCUGUACCUUGGGAUGAAAGUAACAAGGUUUACCUGAGUUACAACAAUGUUACUGCACUGAAGACAUUAGUAGCUAAAGCCAACUGGGUGCUUGCAUCUGAAAGAGACAAGGUCAAGAUGUACACACUGGAGGAGGACAAAUUCCUCUCAAUCCGGAUAGAGAUGACCAUCUCCAUCAAUGCUAAGCAGGCCUGCCUCUUGUUGUCAGACCUGCGACACAGACAUGAAUGGGAUAAGCAUUUUGCGAGUGCUGAACUUGUCCAGCAAGUAGACAAAGAUGACAUGAUCUACUAUGUAAUUAGUCAAACUAUGAGUGAAGAAAACAAGCCUCAAGACUUUGUCACCCUGGUCUCACGAAGGAAACCAUGCAGCAAAGGUGAUCCAUAUGUUGUAGCAUUCAGAUCGGUCACAUUGCCAACACUUCCAGCAAAGCCAAAGUACACUCGAGGAGAAACUCUUUGUUCUGGCUUCUGUAUUUGGCAGGAAACGGAUGAGCUCAGCAAAGUGUCUUAUUACCACCAGGCUACUUCAGGUGUGUUGAACUACAUUACAACCAAUAUUGCUGGCCUCUCUUCAAGCUUCCAUUCUACUUUUCAAGCCUGUGAACAGUUUCUCGAGAAGAACAAAGACAAUGGCUGUGUUGGACUUCAGGAUCUUUAGUUGUACAAAGUUGUUGCUUUUUCCCAUGAUGUUUUGUGUCAUGACAGACAUUAGAAUCUCACCAGAUUAGCGCUGCUAUAAAUAUCGAAGUGAUUUGCCAUCAAUGUGGGGAAGAAAGAAACAGACAUGUUUAAGUGCAUACGUUGUGUGACACAAGCUUAAGCACAAAAGCUAUUUUUAUCCACUUGUGAUUGGAAUGAGAAUUUUUUUAUCUAGGACAAUAUAAUGAUCAAAGCUUUCCUGUUCAUGGUGUGGGUAUUUUUUUUUAUAGAAAGGAACAUAUGAAGAUUCUUCCUGGAUCUUUGAAAUACUUCAUCACCCCUUUAUUGGCUUCUGUUGAAGUCUUGUAUUUAUUUGAUUGACAGGAAAAUCGGAUGUAAACGAAAACUUGAAAAUGUACACUUUUUCUGGUCAUGCGUCACUUUUUUAUCUUGUCCAGUACACUAAUUACUAGAGUAAGGAAUAAAUUUUUGCAUUGGUUUAAAAGUGUAUAAUAAUGGCUUUUUAAUAUAGGAGAAAUAGAUGUUAAACUUAUUUUUAACAUGCCUUUUUACAAAGGGUUAAAAGAGUCACACAAAAUUUGAAGGAAAGUUCUUGGAUCGUUCUUUGUUGGAAGGAUCCACAGAACAACAUGGGGGUUAGUGGAGGAUAUUUUGAGCGUUGAGUAACUGCCUUAUUUCAGAGCUCACUACACAAAUGCAACAAGGUAGUCAAUGAUGUCACAUUUAAGAAGAAACUUUAAAUAUUAUUUGUAAAAGUGUCUCUUUUUUACUCUUUCUUGAAUGCUGGAAUAUGUCUGUUCUGUUUUGAUCAGUUUGAGCAUGAAAAGGAUUAGGUUGUUUUGUCAUAGAGGAACUAUUUGUCCCAUGUGAAGAUAAUCCAACCACUCUAUUUGGGUCAUAACACAAUCAUGUACAGCGUAACUGAUCCUCUGCUGUGCCGAUUGGGUCUUUCCUGAUUUUGUGCAAUUUUUGUCAGUCCAGACUUCCAAUAUAUUGUAUUGGUUCUCUGAGUUGUGGAAGUGUCUUGAAAUAAAUGGCAAUAAAAUCAAAUGUAAAAAGGGAA